AUGGCAACCGCGAUCGACAAAACUCAAUGUUGUCUUUGUAAUAAAUAUAAAAUAACAUAUCCGUGUCCGGGUUGUUCAAAUCAAUUCUGUUUUGAGGAUUUAGUGCGACAUCGACAAAAGCUAAACGAAGAAUUCAAUACGAUUAUCAAUGAUUACGAUCAAUUUAGAGAAAGUAUUCAUCAACUAAAACAAAAUCCACACGAUUCUCCCUUCGUAAAGGGAAUCAAUCAAUGGGAAACAGAUUCAAUCGAAUUAAUUCAACGAACUGCUCAGCGAUGUCGACAAACAGUCAUCGAGGAAAUUCAAGUGUUCAUUGACGAUAUUGAAGAGAAAUUCAAAAAGUUAAUUGGAGAAAUCAAAUAUCUUCAAGAAGAAAAUGAAGUUAAUGAAAACAAUCUAAAAGAUUUAAAAGAGAAACUAAUUAAGAUUACAAAAGAAUUCUACGAUCCAUCAACGAUCUCUCUCUCGAAGAAGAAGAAGAACAUACACAAACAAUCACAUCUCAGCAAAUGGAAACAAAAUGGUUUGACGAUUGUUGGAGGAUAUGGAAAUGGAAAACGAAUAAAUCAACUUUCAGAUCCCGGUGGAAUGUUUAUCGAUAAAGAUAAUAAUAUAUUUAUUGUCGAUACAGGAAAUCAGCGGAUUAUGAAAUGGACAUCGGAUGAAAAGUACGUCGAAGUCGUUGCAGGAAAUAAUCGAGUGAUUCAAUGGUGGAAUCAAAAUCAGCAGCAGAUCCUCAUUCAGAAUAUCUCGUGUUAUGGUUUAACAACGGACAAAUAUGGAUUUCUGUAUGUUAGUGAUCGGGAGAAGAAUGAAGUGAGAAGAUGGAUAAUUCGAGAAAAGGGCAAUGGAAAAUUAGUGGCUGGCGGAAAUGGAAAAGGAUUUAAAUUUAACCAACUCAAUUCUCCGACGUUUAUCUUUGUUGAUGAUGAACAAUCUGUUUAUAUUUCUGAUUGGGGAAAUCAUCGUGUGAUGAAAUGGAGAAAAGAUGCCAAGGAGGGAACUGUUGUUGCUGGGGGAAACGGCGGAGGAAGUUUUCUUAGUCAGUUGAUUUCUCCUCAGGGGCUGAUUGUUGAUCAGUUUGGUCAAAUUUAUGCUGCGGAUUGUUAUAACCACAGAAUAAUGCGUUGGUGUGAAGGAAAACAAGAAGGUGAAAUAGUUGUUGGUAGAAAUAGACAAGGCGAAGAAUCGAAUGAGUUGUAUAGUCCUACUGGUUUAUCAUUUGAUGCUGAAGGAAAUCUUUAUGUUGUGGAUUGGAGAAAUCAUCGAGUACAACGAUUUGAUUUAGCUUAUGACUAA